GCUGAUGAGAUGACGAAGUGUUACAUUCUGGCUUCUAUGUCAAAUGUCCUUCAACAUCAGCAUCAGUCAAUGGCCACUGCUGCAGAUAUGCUUCUGAACCUCAAGGAACUGUUUGGGCAUCAGUCGAGGGCUGCAAGACAAGAGGCUUUAAGUGCUCUGUUGAACACGCGCAUGACAGAGGGUACACCAGUAAGGGAGCAUGCUCUCAAGAUCAUGGCGCAGCUGAAUGAGCUAGAGGUUCUUGGAGGUUUUAUUGACGGGGAAACCCAGGUCGAUAUCAUGCUCCAAUCUCUGCCGCAGAUUCUUCAAGUUUCACGUCAGUAUUUAACGGCCAUUUUUGGCAACUCGUCAAGAGAUCUGUGUGCCUUAGUAAUCAGUCAGAAUAUUAUCACGUGUUCAAUAAUUUUGAACUUUUCCAAUGUUCAGAUGUCGCCCCGUAGGGAACCCGAUCAUCCGGCCCCUACUCAGGCCACAGUAGUCGCACAGUUCCGCGACUAUCAUGCCGAAAAAUUCUCAGGGCAGGGAGAUCCUCGCAUCGUAGACGAAUGGAUUCAGGGCCUGGAGUUUAUCUUCGAGGUCAUGGAUUGCCCUGAUAGAUAUCGCGUAAUUUGCGCCCAGCUUCAGCUCACCGGUGAUGCCAGACUCUGGUGGAACGCUUACUGGAGCAUGCGUCCCGACGAGAAGGCGAGAUGUACGUGGGAUAUGCUCAAGGAGUUAAUCCGCGAGAAGUACUACCCCACUUACUACCGAGCAGAGAUGGAGCGUCAGUUUCUAUCGCUCCAGCAGGGUACUCGUACUGUUGACGAGUAUGAGAGGGAAUUCACUAGACUUGCAGCUUUCGUUCCUGAUUUGGUUCGCACGGAGGCUCAGAGAGCGCAGCAUUUCAUUGACGGGCUUUACCCAGCAGUCCGUCAUAACAUCGUAGGCCACGGGACACAGACGUACGCACGUGCAGUUUCCAUUGCUCAGGAGGUGGACGCCAGCAUCAGGAGGGAGGCCGUCCGUGAUCAUCCUCAGCCAUCCGUUCCUGCUCAGUCAUCUUCAGUUCCACCGAUGCCAGCUUUACCAGCUGCCCAGUCAUCUAAAAACAGCAAGAGGAAAGGGAAAGGUGCCCCGACGGAGGCUACAGCAGAUCCCACA